AUGGCUGGGCAAGAAGCACACGUGUAUAAGUAUGCAGAUCGCUCGCAAUUAUUCUAUCAGUGCCAGAUUACAAUAACAAUCAAAGAACCACAGACUGAAUGCGCGCGGCCAAGUUGUCCCGAACCGCAAGGAUUUGCGUCGCGAAAGCCUAGUAACACACCGUCUUUUCCAUUUUCGUCUGCAAAAGCACUGAAUUCCAUUCGCGCAAAUGCGAGAACCAUACGACUUUUGAAAAAACGUUCAGCUGCUGUACAGGAUAAUUAUAACACAAUGGAUGUACGCACUGACCUAAAUACUAUUGAUAUCAUUACUGAGCAACCGUUACGGUAG